GAUAGAAAAUAAAAUGCAUGUAAAAAGAUAAAAAUACAAAAAGUCAAAUAUAUAGAUACAAAAGCCAUAUAUAUAAAGUUUGGCAGCAGUUUGAAAUUGACCUUGAUCUGCUGACGUUCCCAUGGCAGUGUGUAAUAAUAACACAUGCAGAACGCCAUCUAGCGGUGAUUGUGCAUCAUUGAAUAAUGCACCCUUAUCUUUCGCUGAGAGAAAGAACGCGCAUCUCCUCAGACUCUCUUGACUCCGGGUUAGGUGCACGCCAUAUAAGCGGAAUUUAAAGAAGACAUAUUAGUGCAUUUAUGGAUGCAACUUAGGCCGAUUAGCUGUUCUUUUUAUAUGAAGUUCAGAACAGACGUCCAGUGUUUGAAGCCUGCUGUCCGGUGCCAUGUGGACAUACUACAGAAAUGGAGUUGUACCGAAAAGAAAUAAGCAGAAACCGGAAAGUGAAGUUGUCAACCUUCCUCCCAUUUCCAACGUGAUUCCCUCAAAGUCAGCAAUACUGAUGCAUGACUUGUUCAGGAUCACCACACCAAAGGCCAAACCACAGCCCAACGACUACAGGAGCUGUUCUUCUCCCAGGAGCAGAGGGAUCAUCACGGCCCCCUACACAGAACUGUCAGGAAGAAGGCCACCAGGUUGUUCCGUUAUCCAGAGUGAGUGUGGAAACAGAGCUGGAAAUCACAGCUCACCUUAAAUACCAUUUGCAUCAGCGUCACUCAACGAAUUCAUCUCUUGAGGAGAAAGGUUCUGUAGUGUUUCAGAAAACAAAAACAGUUUUGUUUAAGAACCAGGUUUCAUCAGACAGUCCUCCUCAUCUCCUGCAGAGUCUUGUGCCACUUGAGGAGAAAGAGAAGGAAGGAAAAGAGGACGAGGAGGAAAAAGAAAAAAAAGAGGGAGCAGUAAUUGUUCAAAAUGCAUCUUCAUGUACGGACGAGGCCCCAGAUGGCCAGGGAUCCCUCUCUGAUGGACCAUUUAGAGCUGCUGAUAUUGACAACAAACAAAGAUUAGAUGAAAGAGAUCCAAAUCUGCAACAUCAUUCUUCUCCAAACACCUUGUACGAUGACAGUAUUUCAUCGUUGCAUUUUAAACAGAGGAGAUUCAUGAUCUAUCUGUGUGGUGGAUAUAAAGAUACCGUCCCAGAGCGCAGUGCACUGAUGGAGAGCGUGUAUCCUCGGCUGUAUCUACACUGUAAGCAGAGAGGAUAUGAUUUCAGGAUGAUAGACCUGCGUGCAGGAGUCGGAGAUCCUGUUUCAGACCAUCAUGAUUUGGCAGAGAUGCACAUGGAGACACUUAGGCGUUGUCAGGAGACCGAGGGGCCAAACUUUUUUGUGUUCACUGGACAGAAGCAUGAGAUACGGUCACUGCCCAGUACCAUUCCCCAAGCAGAUUUUGAAGCAAUUUUAAAAUUGGUAGAGAGAAGCAAGAAGAAGCUGUCCAGGAGACAGUCAGACAUGGCUGUUGAGUCACAAACCAGUAUCGGCACUGGUGACAGUAGGAGUUUUGUCCUUGAUAAGGAACCUAUUUUAUCCGAGGAGAAGGAACCUUCGCAAAGUUCUGCCGUCAUGAGUGAGAACUCCAUCUCCAGCAGUUCCAUGUCAGAUGGAGACGAGACACAGCUGGCCAGAAGCUGGCUGGACUAUGACCAGGAUUCGACUCUCUUGCAGACAUGGUAUAAGCUGGAUAAAAACACAAUUCCUGCUGUGUACCGCUUGCUUCCUGUCAGCAAACAUCACCCUGACUUCCUCAGCCGGGAUGGGCAUCGCAGGAAGCUGGGAAGGAAGGCAUGGCGCUCUUCCUGUGUGAAACUGUGGAACGUGCUGUGGCGGUCUGGACCUGAGGCCAUUGGAGAAGAAGCUACCUGCCAUCUGCUUAAAACAGUGUUGGACUGGGAAGUGGAACAGGGUCUCGGAGGGAAACAGCCACCAGAGGAGUACAGUCACUGUUAUAAGAGGAUCAUCACUGACCUUCUGUACAACCUAAAAAAUGAAUACGCAUCACAGUUUAUAGACCUACACAAAGGAAGACCUGAAAUCAACCAAACCUUACAUGAAGCUCAGCAGCGCUUUAUACGCAACAUCCACCUCAAGCUGCGACACACUAAUAUCCAUGAGACAAACGUUAGCUGGGGAAGGAAAGGUCUGAGUGCCAAACACAACAGAUCUCAUCAGUUCUAUGUUGAACGGCUCUGCUCACACUUCCAGCGUACAGUCACUGCAUCCCUCAACAGACUUAUGCAGGUCCGUCAAGCUAAAGGCUCCUUCGACAUGCAGAGGAAAGAGGUUUCCAAACUCCGAGUUGAAGAAGAGAUUCAGCGUCAUGUCAGAUUUGGGAAAACGCUAGCACAGGGCUAUGUGUUCAGGCAGGACUUUCUGAUGGAAGUGAAGCAUGCGCUUCAAGCAUCAUUGUCCUCCCAGAAUGCUGUGCUCUUACUGGGGGAUCUGGGGUCUGGAAAGAGCACGACACUCGCCAAACUGGCACAACUCAUACCUACUUGGAUAUCUGGGGAUGUCAGAGUGCUGACCUGCUUUGUGGGUCUGACAUCGGACAGCAGAAAUGUGCGUCUGCUCCUCCAGACCCUGUGUCUGCAGAUAGCCAACAUCUAUAGCCUCAAAACAGAGAUAUCUGAGUCACUGUCAGAGUUGUCCAGUGAGCUGUGCUCGUUGUUGGGGAUGGUGACAGAAGACCGGCCCUUGACCCUGGUGCUGGAUGGUCUGGAUAAUCUGAGUGAGGAACAUGAGGCUGACCUUUCCUGGCUUAAUAAUAUUCUACUGCCAAACGUCUUCACUGUCCUGUCUGCCGGCACACAGUCUAAAUGUGCUCAAAUUCUACAGUCCCAGGUUAAGGUCACUGUCCUGUCCCUACCUGUCCUUGACCAUCAGGAGAUCGCAUCAGGACUGGCUUCCAGGCUAGCUUCAGAUUUUCGCCAACUAACUGAAAACCAGUGGAGCCUUUUAUUCCAGUCCUGUCUGUCCUGUCCAUCCCCUCUCUAUCUCAAUUUAGCCUAUGCUGAGACCAGGCAAUGGAGUUCAUUUACACCGAAAGAGAGUCUGAACAUCCCUACGGAUCCAAACCAACUUUUCAUGAGCAUCCUUAUUAGUUUGGAGCGAGAGCAUGGGCCGUGUUUGGUGCGACGUAUGGCUUUGCUUAUAUCACUGUCCUGUUCUGGCGUGACCGAGGAGGAACUUUUAGUGCUUUUGGGACGCGAUGAUAAUGUCACACGUGAGAUGGCUGUUUUGCAUCAUCAGACACUUCCUGUUUCCGAAUACUCCCCAGUGCCUUAUGCGUUUGUGGCACGACUGCUGCACGUUCUGAAGGAUUACGUUAAAGAAGUGGAAAGUGACGGCACAUGGGUGCUGCGCUGGACUCAUGCGGAGUUCGGCUACGUCAUCCUGCAGCGAUACUCACCAACCGAAGACUCGAUAAAAGCCGUUCAUGCAGACUUUGCAGAUUACUUUAACGGGAACGUCCCGAAUAGCCAAGUUUUUCAGCCGCUAGCUUGGAUCAGGAAGGAGAAGGGAAGGAGGUGCUAUGAAUUCAAUUUGCGUAAACUCCGCUGUUUGCCGUAUCAUUACAUCCAUUCAGGGCAAAUUAUUCCCUUACUCACUCAAUGUCUGUUUAACUACGAGUUCCUGCUGCAUAAACUGUGGGGUCUGUCCGUCCAUCAUGUCGAGGAGGACCUUAAAGCUGCCGUCAUACCGGAUAAAGAGCUUCUGGACGUGAAGGUGUUGGGUCAGGUUUUGUGUCUUUCUCAUUCUUUGCUCUUGAAUGAUCCUUGUCAGCUGGCAUCCCAACUCUUGGGCCGUUUGGAGCGGAUCAUUUCCCAAGAUAAACCUGUUGCUUCAGGUGACCCAAGACGAUACUCUUUUCUGCAUGAUCUGUUAGCACAAUGCAAGAGCUCAUCUUUGCCUGUUCUUGUGCCCUCUUACACCUGCCUGCUUCCUCCAGGUGGACUCGUACACACACUCCUUUCAGGUCAUAUGAGUGUUGUGACAGCCCUGGCUCAUGGUCGGCAUCACAUCGUUUCCUGUUCCUCUGAUGGAGUGUUGAAUAUGUGGCGUCUGGAUGAGCAAACAAGGCCCGUUAGGUCCUUACCGAGGUCUCAUGGAUCUGCAGUAGACUGGGCUGCCGACUCCCUCACCCUCUGUCUAGAUGACAGUGUGCUUGUCCUACAGAUGGGCCACUGCCUGCAGGUGAGAGAGGUGGAUACUGGGAAGGUGCUGUACAUGGAGAAAGAGUCUUUGGAUGUUCCUGUUGUCACAUCUGCCUGUGAUGGACGGUUGCUGGUGGUUUUUUAUGAUGGAAGUCACAUGGUUAAGGUGUUUGAUCUUGUGGUGUCCUGUUCGCUGUUGUGUUGUGUGAACCUCGCCCUUGAGUUUGAGCCCAUCCACAAAGACCAGUCCAUCCUAGUCUCUCGUCACUCUGUUAAAGACUUUGUUCUCUUCGCCUACAGGGAUGGAGGAGAAGCAGCAAUAUUCAAUGCAAAAGGUGGAAUUGUGUCCUCCACUUUGAAAGCUCAGCACCCUGCAGCAUCUAUACAAGCUGUAGAGAUCAGCUCUCAGUAUUUACUACUCUUUUGCAGAUACCCCUAUAAAAGACACAGUGAAAUCAUUCAUAUUGAACUAUUCAGUACAGCAUCCUUCCAGUACCUGCGCUCUAUCUUGGGCUGCAGUCAGGACUACAUUUCCCAGGUCACCAUUGCAGGGGGCGGGUCCCACAUUGUGGCCUUUUGUCCCACCCCGCAUAGCGCCACCACAGAGAUUAUUAUCUGGAACCUUGAGACUGAAGAUCAUAAACACAUUGCACGGUUUCCAGGCCUGCUGGCUUAUGGUGUGUGUUCUGAUCUGCGGUACUGUGUGGGGUUUUGUGCCGGGGAGCAAUUCUUACGUAUGUGGAACCUGGGAUCCAGGAUAAAUGAUCAAACGCUCACAUACAACGUGCACAAAGCUCACAGUCAUGGCACAGCGGAGAUUGUAACCAUGCAGAGAUAUCCUAGGUAUGUGGUAUGUCGAAGCACUCGUCCCGGUACUGUGAGAAUAUGGAAUGUGGCACGGACUCGAUUCAAGGGCCAUCCUGUGCAAGUGGAGCACAGUCUGUUCUCAAGUUCAGACAUUGCUCUGGUACGAGACCUGAAACUCUAUAUACUGUCUGACCACGGUACCACCAACUUCACUGAUGCACCUACAUCUGUCUACCAGACAUUGCUGGUGUAUGACCUUCUUAAAAAGAGCUAUAUUAAGAAACAGACUGGACUGUUCAUCGUGCCCUGUCCUUGGCAAGACUAUAGGCUCUUGGAGGGUGAAAUUCUGUUGGGCCUUUCAGAAACACGGGAUCAUCUGAUAUUGUGGGAUCUGGACUCUGGCUAUAUUAAAGGACGUAUCAAGACAUCCUACAAAGAAACCCUGCUCUCCAGCAUGGACAGAGAUUCCCAGAUUAUAUCCUCAAAAGAGAAGACAGGUCUAGUGAUGCCAUGGGACAGGCGCACCGAAACACAGACAGCAAAAAUGAGGCGACGGGAGCGUGAGGUGAAAAGAGAAAAAGAUGAACAGCAGCGCCUCGAAAGAGAGAAGUUCAACUCUAUAGACCAGUAUCUUCUCAGUGGAGAUGAGCGGGUGAUCAUAUGCUCAUAUUUUGCCCAUCAUCUCAACGUCUUCAGUGUGGUUUCUGAGGAGCAUUUGCACACCCUUGAGGACCGUUGGUCCCUUUUGAGCCUCCGUACUGCUGCAAUCACUCACACAGGAGGGUACUUGGUGGUCUCUAACUACAGUGAAGCCCAACAUGCUCCAUACCUCACCCUCUGGGACACACAACAGGGCAGGGUGCGGAAGAGAUUGAAAAAUGAACCUGGAAUCUGUUGCAUCGCUAUAAGCAGCGAUGCCUGCAGAGUGGUUUUCGGCAUUUCAGGAUUCAACAAGCUGAAAGUAUGGGAGCCCUUCCGGAGGAAACAUAAAACCAUCUCUGGUUACGGAAGUUUAAAUCUUAACUGGUCCAGCUUGCUCUUUAUCACUGAAGGACAAUCAAAAGCUUUUUUAUUAUCAGAUGCGGUGAGCAUGUGGGACCUGGACAAUGGGACGCUGUUGUCUGUCUUCACACCUGACUCUAAGAUCCAGACCAUCUCUCUACUUGGACCCGACAACGGCACAUUGCUUUUGGGCUUUAGUGACAUUUCUACUCUAAUCACCAUGACGGUCAGCCAACAAAAUGCACACACAAAAUCCAGCUCUGCUUGUGGGAAAGACCUGUUUGGGGAAUCCAGCAGUAGUGAAGACGAUGAAGAAACAAACAAGAACUGAUUGGAAGAGCAUUAGGCCAGUUAAAUGUACUGUAUAAUAUAGUUUCUUUACCAAGACUGAAUGGAAAUAUGGGGCUUUAUGAUCUCUGGCAUUCGCUUUGUAUUGAUCUUAAGGAUUUAAGGGAAAAUUUUACUCGUACAUUGGGAAAAAAGCACAGUGUGAAAGGUAGACAUGUGACUUCUGUCUUCAUGAGAAAUGUGAGGUAUUCUGAUCAGCAUUUCCAGUGCUUGUUUUUCCAUAUACUAUGAAUUUACCGGAACUUCCCCGUCUUACCCUUAGAGGAGUCAUGAGAUCCAGAGGUUUAUGAUAAAACAAAUCUCAACAAGCCUGUGUUCUCACUUUACAUUAUCUCAGUAUUUUCCUGAACUUCAGAUGUAUGUAUAUUAACAGAACAGAUGUAAUUACAUGUGUGCAUACUUUGACAGUCCAGUUUCAAGUGUAUAGUAAGACAUGCUAAAACAGACUCACCUUCUGUAGCUGUCAUGCAUGGUGAGCAUGAGUCAAAUUUUCACUUCCUGCAUUUCUGUCACAUGAAUGAUGAGCAAAACACUUCCUGCUUUACUCAUUCUGUAUAAGGAGUUUGCCUUUUCAAGACAAAUAAAAGUAGCUGAUGCCA